GUUGUUUCUAAUGACGCCCAGGACAAUCUUCAGGCGGUGUUACUCAUUGGAAUGACAACAUGUUGAGUAUCUCGCUUGAAUGUCAGGGCACAGCCAACCGGACAGUCUCUUAUCAUCCAACAAGGAGGCAAAGCGAAAGAAAACUAGAUUCAACUGGCAGUCCCAACGUCACUCACAAAGCCCUCAGGAAGUCAAAGGAAGUGAAGUCCGUCCACCAGCCACCACAGCGCCUGUAGCUUCCAGUUCAGAGGACAACGGUGUGUCCGUGCUGAUGACCGUUGGAAUAUCAGGCUUGGGAAUUCAUCAGCCAACUCGUCAACCAAAAACCAAGGGCAGUUUUUCUUCAGCACAACUUGGCAGUGAAAAAGGAGACGCCACCACGGCGACGCGGUUUGGUACCUUCUUUGGUUCUUUUCCAAGAAAUGGGAUCAAAAGAUCCUCCUCAAUAUUCGUUAAAAGGCGUGGUAAUAAUGGAGCGGCGGCGUACAAGAACCCUUCUUUGGCACAACAGUGUCUUCGAACGGGAGUUGUUAGCGGUACAAAUCUUCGACUUGCUCGCACUGCUACAAGCACCAACCAUUCUGAUCCAUCCAGGUUGACCAUUAGCCAAUCUCCACAGACUGAGGACCAACCUACUUCAGUAUCGGGUUUCGAAGAAGAAACUGUUCUGAUUGAACGUGAACCAAGCAAGGAAUCUGUCGUAUCCGCUUGGCUUUUGCAGUGCAACAAUGCUUCAUUGUCACUGGACGAUACCGAAGACGCAGUGAAAGAACCUCAGUAUUCUAUCAAAAACGUGAAACUAUUUGAUGUACCAGAGGACCGAGCUCAGUUGUUUGGAAGCUCUGUGGAAUCCGCUCCAGGAGCAAGUGAAUCCGAACUGCAGGAGGUAACACCUAAGCGGUUUCUUUAUCCGACUGACGUAACAAUCCGAUUCGCCGACCCGGUUCCUAGUAAACUGACGGAAUCCAAGAAUUUCGUUAAAAGUGCACGGUUUACUCCCACUACUGGGAAGGAACUGCGUAGAGACGAGACCCAAACCACCCACUUCUUGGAUUCACACCCAGUCCGGACCGCGGCACUUCAUUCUGUACAAAACGCUGAAUCCUCUCAGUCUUGUGAAGAUGACCCAAACGAUCACAUUGAGGAAAAUGCCAACCACAUAACUGAUUGGGCCAGUGUAUCUUCAUCCGAAUGGGGUGAUGAAAUGUGUGAAUUUGACCGACAACAAGCGAGUCGUGUUCAACAGAUGUUCGACCAGAUUGAUCGCGUGCUGUACGAUGGAUGUACAACGGGCUGGCCUACAACUGAAGGAACUGAUACGCCUGAUAGGUCAACUUCUCCCGCCAUGCAGCUGCAGGACGAGUACAACCUCAGCCAACUGGAAGACGAAUGUCAAGAUUGGUUGCAACGGUUUUUGCAUCUCCGUGUAGUUGGAGUAAAAGUCCCGGCAAAGGAUGAAACGAGUAGCAUUUGCUCCAUCACCCGUUCGUCUCAAAGUCCUUGCACGAAGGCCGACUAUCCUACUCCUACGCAACCUGUAAAUAAGUCUAAUGGCGUAACAGGACCGGUUGGUUACUCGAGAACUGGAAAAUCGUGCUCACCAAAUCAGGAUUCUCCCUCUAUCCAAGUUGGUUUGAAUAAACAGCUGAGACACUCUGAGACUACUGGAAUUCACGGGCAUCCAAGUCCAUCUACCGCAUCUCAUAAGAAGCCACGCACUCCUACACCUACUGUCGAACCGCCUGAAGCAAUCCCAUCCUGUUCUAAACGCAGUGGCUCAUCAGACUCAGUGAAACGAAUACAUGUUUCUAUCCCAUCACACACUCGGGGAUCAGAAGACCCUGAUACAUACCAUGAAGAGAUUCCCACUGUCGAUCCUAGCACUUCGGGCCCCAGCUUUGACAAGCAGAAAGUAACGACGUUACAGAAGUUUCCGCGAACUAUCCCAAUGUCUUCCUCUCCACUUGGCAAGGGUGCUUUUGCGGCACCCACUGACUCAGUUAGUCGCCAUGCUGUGACGAGAUCCUGUCAGGACACCAAACGAACAACCAUCAUAAAACAAUUGCUGGCAGAAGAAAUACGCAAGGACCUGAUCGUUUGGUUACAGGAAGCCGUCUGCUGUACGACCCCGCCACUUAAUCUGAACACGACAGCAACUGGCGUCACAAGUGAAAACCAUAUCAGACAUGGUAACGUUCGACCAAAUUUACACCAGCAGAUGCACUCUGAAAAUAUCGUUCAUGAACAAUCCGCAUGCUUACUUGGCAAAGAAUCUGCGGAUCCAUCCUCAAAAGUCCCUACCCAUCAUUCCACUGCCGCGAGGGCCCAAGGAAGUGUCUACCAUCAAGCAACCAACGCAAGUGAAUUGACGGAUCUUUUACGCAUAUCUGCGAAGUCUCUGCAGCAUAGAGAACGAACUGUUUGGAAUGAGGCACAAGACACCGGAGUGCUUAAAGUAGUUCAACCUUUGGUGGCUACAACGAUGGCAGAACAGCAUUCUGGGGAACCAGUUUGUAACAUACGGUCUCCCGUUCAGAACCGGCUGAGCCCGCAACCUCACACUUGUUUUCCUGCAAGCGGAGCACAACGCCAGAUAUCUGGAUUGCAUUGCAAGCCGACUACCUUUUCCGGUCGAAGACUUGUUCAUCCUUCUGGCAUGAGCCAAGGUGAAGUGACUUUUUGUCCCCCAGGGUCGGGUGUCAUCGGUGUUGCUGCCAACCUUCAUAUCGGUGGUCGACUGGCUCCUCUGGAACGCUCCCGGCCAUGCACCAAUGCGCCAAACAACUACCCUCAACUGUCAGAGGAUCCCAUCACUCAAAUAUGUCCCUUACCUGUUCACGGAAGUAAUUCUGUACACCUAGGUGGGCCACGCAACAAAACUCAUCACUUACCAUCUGCAAAUGCAUCCUCCUGUGCACACAAUACAGUUGGUCCCACUCCCUUGACCAUAUCGGUUAGUGCGGUGGUUGAUCCGCAGCAUGGCAGGAGUUGUACACUUCCACCUUUGUGUAAUACCACCCAAACCCUUUCAACAUUAGCCGGGCAGAAUGCGCCAUCUCAUGCAGGAGCAUCGGUGGGCAGCCUACCAAGUACAAAGGUUCAGCACAACCAAUAUGCAAGGGCUGGAGCCCCAGUACAAACUACAAUUUCUACUACUACGCAUUCUAACCUUCAGCACGCUCUCCCACUACAACAUCAACAUACCCCGGCUCUUCGGGUCACCAAUUCCAACCUCGUUACCCAGCAACUGAAUAAUAGUGGAAUGGUCAAUCCCGCAUCUAAAAGGCAUGUUCGAUGCAGACAACUCAGUGGUGUAACACAGACGAAGAUCAGCAACAAAAGUACGUCAACUGUUUUGAGCCAACCAAAAACCUGUCCCCGAUAUUGGCGUCCACACAGUUCGAUAUCUCUUCCAUGGAUGGUUGAAGAAAGCCGGAUCAACCAUAUCGACCGAUCAAGGUCUACACUGAUGCUUCCCAGCUUCACUGUAGAGGUGGAACAUAGCAGCUCAAAAAGAUUUAUUCAUUGGGAAGCGGGGCGUACGAGCGAGGACAAAAUUCGAUCGCUUGGUGACAGACUUAAGUGAUGCACGCUAACAUGCGAGACUGACCUGACCGCUUUGGAACCCGGAUAAACACCUCUCAUGUAUAUAUGAUAACAGUCCAAACCGUUUCGAUUAACUCAGAUUCUUCAGAUAUUAAUCCUAUUCUCGUUUGUUCUGACGCGCGUUUCUUUCGACCGGACGUAUUUCUGAACCUGUUCCUCAUUUUUCUUAUCUACAGAACCUACUUGUAACUAGUCAGUAACGGUUGCACACCGGCUCAGUCCGUAAAGACUCAGGUCUGUAUUUUUGAACAUCGC